GUCAUCUGGGAGCACAGCAAUGGUCGGAAAUCAAGGACUGGCUUCAGGCAGAGGCGCAGUCAGUGUGUGAUGUCCUCUUGCUCCAAGAAACUCACUGGUCCUCUACGGCGCAAUUUCAAGUUAGCGGGUGGACCUGUAUCUCAUCAGCCUCCUGGAAGCCCCAAGCGCCAGAACCAAAAGCCAAGACCUGGGGCAGGCGAAAGCAGUCACAAGCUCCUGAGACCGUAACGCCAUGUGAGGCCACGGCGGCUCCUUCCAAGGCCGACGGAGUCGUGGUCCUUCUGUCUCCUCGCAUCGACACAGGACAGGUCCGCUGGCGCGAGCAUAGGGACCGUAGCUCCCUUCUAGCGGCCCUGAGUAAGGCAGUGCGGCAGGUUCCUUCUCGCAUGUCGCUGGUUGUGGCUGGGGACCUGAAUGCAACCCUUUCCCCCUAUCCUCGGUUAGUAGGCCCGCGUGCUUGCGGCGCAACCCAAAGACCAGACAGCGAGGGCUUGCAAGAGUUGGUAGAGACGCAUAAGCUUGUGGCCUUGAACACAUGGCAUGCAGCAGUACCGCACACGUACACGCAGCAGGGCUCCCUCUCCCAAAUUGACUUUAUUUUCACCAAGGAGACUCAGGCGGGAGGACAAGCCAAAAGAGCUGCGCCGCUUCAUGACUGGCACUUAGGCAGCUGGAAGGUCGGAGGCCACUCCCCGGUCCUCGCAACUGUCAAGCCCUUAGGUCAUUGGCAGCUACCGUCGAGAAAGGACACGUCGACAUGCGACGUCAAACAGCUACAGUCUGCAGUGCGUGAAGACUCGGACCGGGCCAGACAAAUGCGGGACUGGGUUCGUGACCGCAUGCCGGUUCAUCGUCCAGACCAGUGCAACCAAAUUCUUACAGAAGCAGCGGAGCUCUUUUUCCCGAAGAGGUUGAUGGGACCAGCGGAGGAGCUGGCAGUGCUCGGAGACUUUGCAGUUUCCACAUUCGGAGUACAGACAGAACGGGCGGUUCCGAAGGGCUCAGCGCCGGCAGCAGCUUGGAAGCUUUGCGCAGACGAAGUUAGUCCCUCUCUCAGUGCCUUUUUGACCACCGUAGGCGAAGAGCGGCCAGAUGCUAAGGGAGUCGCCGGAGCGGCGAGGGAGCUGUCUCCGGGGCUACAAAGCUACAUGAGGGAGAUCCCGCAGUUCGCGUAUCUUCCUGGAAGGGCCUUGUCGGAUGCGCGUGCGAGACUGGUCACUGAGGUUGAGACUACAACGGGCAUCAAGCAGGGCUGCAAGCUGGCCCCGAGCCUCUUCAGCCUCCUAACUGGCAAGUUAAUCAAGGAGCCUAUAGAGUUCUUUGGGGAGGAUAGAGUCUGUGCCUUUCUGACAGGUUAUGCGGACGACCUCACCGUGCACAGAACCAUACGCUCUAUAGCGGACUUAGAGGCCUGUCAUGCGCUUAUAAGAGCCGUUUUGGAAAGCCUCAAAGACCAUAAGCUAGUUUGUAACCAGAGCAAAUGCUACAUCCUAGCCAAGUUCGCGCGGCGGCAGGCUGCGUCAGUUACGAAGCAGUAUACAGCCUGGACGCGAAAUGAGGCAGGUGAGCGGAUCAAACUCUGGCGCAUAGGGAAGACCAAGUAUUUUCCUGCCUUCAGAUGGGUCCCGACCAUCAAGUUUCUGGGCAUCAAAGCAAGCUACGGGUCCUUCGAGAUGCAAACGCUUACCUUUCGCAUCAGUGAGGUGGGCCUGACGUUGGAGUCCGCUAAAUCUCUUAAGGCCUGGUACGCCUUCAAAAUCAGAUCCGUUUUAAACAAACCGGCCCACGAGACCCACAUGACAACCGGCGAACUCUAUGAGCUGUACUCCAUAGAGGACCCUGUCGUCAAGCUCGAGAGACUCCAAUCCAACCGCUUUUACCACCUAAACGCACAACAGGUCCUCUCGCCUAGCAUAACAAACACCGGUGAGGCCAUUCAGCAAUCCCAGGAGCAGCUGAGUAAUCUACGCCAGUUUAUGCAUCUACCUGAGACUGAGGCGGCAGAGGGCACACCAGUGGUUGCAUGCCAGCACUGCGACAGGUCUUUUGUCUCGGAGCAGGGGCUGCGGCUUCAUCGGGCCAAACAACAUCCGGACGUUGUGGAGAGGUAUGUUCCUGAGUGGUUUGAUCGGGCAAAGCACUCAGUUAACGGACUCCCCACCUGUCGAGCCUGCGGGACGCAGUUCAAGCAGUGGCCAGGAUUACUUCCUCAUCUUUUGUCAGGAGAGCUGGACGCCACUAAGGACCCGUUGGCUCUAUCUGCCCCUUUGGAGAAUCUCAAGAGGGCUGUGGCCUUGGCUCCUCGCCGUCAGCUCUCCAAAAUAGCCUCGGGCCAGGACGCUAAGGUGUACAACAAGAGCAAGCACUGUUUGCAAUGCCCCAUCAAGUCGUACUAG